GUUGCGGCGCCGGGAGCCGCGGCCGCGCUGAGGCGGGGGAGCGGAGGGGCGGCCCGAACUGCGGGCGGCGGCCGCCGGGGGAGCCCCGCAGGUCUUCACAUGAAACCAGAGACCCGCUGUCAAGCUAAUUGCUAUAGCCUUAAGGUUUGACUAGAAAUGGAGAGCAUUACACAGCUGUUCAGUGACCUGUGUGAGGCACACCUGUCGGGUUUGCCAUGGAAGGUGCACCUCGGAAGGCGGAAGAUCAGCAAGAGGGAGGCUAAGCAAAACCUGAAGAGGGUUGCAUAUAACACUCUGUUCAUAAACCUCUUUCAAGAUGAAGCUCGUAAGCUGCAAUCGAACGUUUCCAGGUUUCCAGUUAAAAACAAGAUUUUGAUGUUGUCUUUCAACCUGAGAGUUGGUGGCCUAGGAGCUCAGGCAGACAGGCUGGAGAGUCUCGUGGAGGAGCUGGAAGCAGCUGAGGGCUUGCCAUUUACUGAGGUUAAUGCUGUCCUGGAUCUCUUGGUACAGCUUGCUGGAACAGGUCCUCCACAGCUUGUACCACAAAAAAAGGACUAUUUUCUGAACAACAAAUACGUCGGGAGAAAUGUCAAAUAUCAGGGUUAUGAUUAUUAUGAUGUAAGUGUGUUUGAAGCUGAUAUACAGUCUCUAAUAACAAAUGAAGAAUGUCAGUUCAAUGACUCAAUUCAGAAGACGCUUCAGAUCAUGGAGGCUGCCCCUGGGACGGGACUCCCUGCCAUAGGGCUGUUCUCACAGAACUAUCCUGCUGGGGACAAGUUUGAGAGAGAAACACGUGUCUCGCUCUUUGGUGCUCUUGUCCACAGCCGUACUUAUGACAUGGACAUCAAGUUGGAUUUGCCGCCAGUGCCUGACAAUGCAGAUUUGUCUGGACUUGCAAUUAAAGUUCCUCAAAGCAUAGACCAGUCAGAAGAUGAAGGAUUCCAGUCGGCAUCCAAUCUGACUCCUGAUUCUCAGUCAGAGCCAAGCAUGACUCCAGACAUAGAUCUGUGGGAUGCAGUGCUUACAUAUGGGCCAAGCAAAAGAAGAUGCUGGGAAAGAAUUGGAUACCCACCUGGUAAGAAGGAGGAGCCGUACCUUACUGAGGCUGGGAGAGAAGCUUUUGACAAGUUCUACAAGCUCCGAGAGGGGGAAAUGCAGCUUUUCAGUAGUACCGUACUUCAGCUUCCACAGCUUGUGCUGAUGAGGGAACCUGAACUGGUGAAGGAUGUCUUGAAUGUCCUCAUUGGUGUGGUAUCCACUACAUUUUCACUCAACCAGGCUGCUCAAACAUUUAUAAUAAAGGAGGGGGUUUAUGUGUCUGGAACUUCGCCGGAGACGAUGCACAACCUGCUCUCAGAAGUUGCGGAAUAUGGAACCUACUACACACGGCUGAGUCGCUUCUCCCUUCAGCCAGUCUUAGAUUCUUCGUACAGCAAAGGGCUUGUGUUUCAGGCUUUCACAAGUGGUCUGAGGAAGUAUCUUCAGUAUUACCGAGCCUGUGUUUUGUCUACUCCUCCUACUUUAAGUCUUCUGACCAUCAGCUUUCUCUUCAGGAAACUGGGCCGUCAGUUGAGAUAUCUGGCUGAACUCUGUGGCAUAGGAACAACAGCCCUGGGGAUCAGUGGCGGAGCUGGUGCUUCAUUUCCUACGGGUGUGAAAUUGCUUUCAUAUCUGUACAAAGAAGCCCUCAACAACUGUAGCAAUGAGCAUUAUCCAGUCCUUCUGUCUUUGUUAAAGACAAGUUGUGAACCAUACACAAGAUUUAUCUAUGAUUGGGUAUACAGUGGUGUAUUCAGGGAUGUUUAUGGAGAGUUUAUGAUCCAGGUGAAUGAGGAUUAUCUGUGUUUCAGAGAUAAACAUUACUGGACUCACGGUUACGUCUUGAUUUCAAAAGAAGUGGAAGAUUGUGUCCCUGUAUUUCUUAAACAUAUUGCUAAUGAUGUAUAUAUAUGUGGGAAAACCAUAAACCUGCUGAAAUUGUGUUGUCCCAGGCAUUACAUAUGUUGGUCAGAUAUCCCCGUACCCCGGAUUUCCGUUAUUUUUUCACUUGAGGAGCUGAAAGAAAUAGAGAGAGAUUGUGCAGUGUAUGUGGGUCGGAUGGAAAGAAUUGCUCGGUACAGUUCUAUAAGCAAGGAGGAAAAGGAUUUGCGCAUGGAAAUAGCCAAGCAGGAAUUAAUUGUUCACGCUCGAGAGACUGCGAGCAAAGUACUGAAAGCCAUUAAUGAUCGACAGAAGUCAGAACGAAUGGCUUUAGAUGCAAAGAAACGCGAACAGUUUCAGAAGUUGAAGGAGCAAUUUGCAAAAGACCAAGAGCGUCGCCUUGCUAUCAAGCAAGAGGAGAUUGAUGAUGAUUUCAGCUAUGCCCGAGAGCUCAGAGAAAGAGAAAAAAGACUGAAAGCUUUGGAAGAGGAACUAGAAAAAAAGGCAAGGCAAGAGUUAAUUGACCAUUAUAGCAAACUUUCUGAUGAUGCAGCCCGUAGGGAACAAAGAGCUUUAUGGAAAAUCCAGCGACAUAAGUUGGAAACAGCUCGUCUUAAGUUUCUCUUUGAAGAUCAGAAACGUAUUGAGGAAAUGCUUGAAAAACUUCCAGAUGGAAGCUAUAGGAGAAAAUUAGAUAUUAUUCCUUAUAAGCAGUGUCAGCUGGCUUUGGAUAGAAACACUGCUGUGGAAGAUCCACAUUCACAGGUGUUGUCUGUGAAACCUUUGCAUUCUAAUGAACGAGUUGGCAGGAGAGAGUCUGAAUCUGGACUGGAAUUCGUAGCAUCUACUGACAAGCCACUGACUGUGCCACAGCUGGCAAAUACUAAUGCUGAUCAGCUUUUUCAGCCUAAAACCGCAGAGUCUGAAGGCAAUGUACAGAGUUCAGAGCAAACGUGCAGUCCCCCAUGCAAUGCUGAUUCCUCUCCUGAAUCCAGUGUGAACAUAGAAGAUUUCUUACCAAAGCCACAAGAUGAGCAGCCUGUUGCCGUUAGCUUACAAGGAUUUCUGUUAGAUGAAGCACUUAGAAGUAUUAACUCAGAUCUGUCAGAGACUUCUCAAAUAAGUGCAAAUCAGCCUGUCUCAAAAGGAGAAGGUAAUACAUUGUUACAUCAGCAAAAUGAGUAUGAUUUUAGUACUGUUCUCAGGCCAACUGCUGCUUUGCAGGGGCACAUUAGAGUUGGGGAAAAUGUAUUUGAUGUGGAGUCUAGAAGGCCUCGGUGGAACAUCCAUGGGCAUGCAUCUGAUGCCAGCAUUAGACUGGGAGAAUAUGUGCCUGAAGUAGACACUUGCCAGCCACGUUCAAGUCCUUAUGGGCAUUCUUCAGACUCCCAUAUUGAAAUCAGCAGCUAUACUUCAGAAGUUGAAUCUACUCGACCCCGAUGGAAUAUUCACGGGCAUGUUUCUGAAGCUCAUAUUAAAAUUGGUGAAUAUGCUUCAGAGAUUGAGCCCUCAAGACCUAGGUGGAGCAUUCAUGGACACGCUUCAGAAGCCAAUAUUAGGGUUGGUGAAUAUGUUUCGAAUGUUGCUUCUGCAAGGCCUCGGUGGAACAUCCAUGGUCAUGUAUCUGAUGCCAAUAUUAAGAUCGGUGAGAAUGUGUCAGAGGUUGUCUCAGCUAGACCUCGUUGGAACAUCCAUGGGCAUUCUUCACAGUCACACAUCAGAAUUGGAGAGCUAGUUUCAGAUACACAGCCUCUGAAAUUUCGUUGGAGCCCGUUUGGUCACGCAUCCCAGUCAAGCAUCCAAAUAGGGGAAUGGACUCCAUCUACAGAGGACGAUCCCAUACCUCAUCGUAAAGCAAUUUCAGGUCCUUCAUCUGAUUCCACUGUUCAGACACUUCUGUAUAAUGAAGAAUUAUCUCCUUUUGAAGGGAUUAGAAAGGAAACAAAACCAUCACAAGCUAAUGAAAGUAUUUCACCACAGUCUCAGCCAUCUGACGUUGAUCCUGUCCCUUCUGACACUAAAGAUGACAAAAAGGAAAAUACAGCAGAAGAGAAGCAAGAAGUUGUAGUAGUCGCAGAUGAGGUUGACAAGGACCCUUCUCCAGAUUCAUCACGGAGCUUACAGGCAGAAGAACCUGAAAAAGCAAUUCCAAAGGAUACUGUGCCUCAGGAAACUUUAUUUUCUGAACCUAGUGCUUCCAAAACUAAGGAUGAGGAAAGGGGAGAGGAAGAUGCCUGGAAGAAAGAACAAGCUUAUUUGAAAGCAUUAUCGGAUCAGUACUGUAUUGAAAAGUACCAAGAUAGCUACGAUUUGAUGUCAGAGCUCCCAGUUUCCCACCUCUUGCACCACGUGAUACCAAGAUCAUACACUUUCCCUGUGGAUCCUGUGGUACAGUCAGCAACAGAUGAAACAGCCGUACAACUGAGCGAGCUCCUGUCUCUGCCUGUGCUGAUGAAACGUUCUAUUACUGCUCCACUGGUAUCUCAUGUUUCUCUCGUGAACAAAGCAAUAGUUGAUUACUACUUUGUGGAACUGAAUGUAGAGAAGCAUUUUGAAGCACUGAGACAUUUCCUGUUAAUGGAAGAUGGGGAGUUUGCUCAGUCGCUCAGUGACCUGUUGUUUGAGAAGCUUGGAUCAGGACAGACACCUGGUGAACUGCUGAAUCCGCUGGUUCUUAAUUCUAUCCUAAACAAAGCAUUGCAGUACAGUCUUCAUGGUGACACCCAGCUUGCUUCCAAUCUGUCUUUUGCCCUCAAGUACCUUCCAGAAGUGUUCAAGCCCAAUGCACCUGACGCUCUGAGCUGCUUAGAGCUAAGGUACAAGGUUGACUGGCCUCUGAAUAUUGUCAUAACGGAGAGCUGCAUGAAUAAAUACAACAAGAUCUUCUCCUUUCUGCUUCAGUUGAAGCACAUGGUGUGGACUCUCAAGGAUGUGUGGUUUCACUUAAAACGCACUGCAUUAGUGAGUCAUGCAUCAAAUUCUGUUCAGUUUCGACAGCUCCAGCUGUAUAAACAUGAAAUGCAGCAUUUUGUGAAAGUGAUUCAAGGUUACAUUGCUAAUCAGAUUCUUCAUGUUACGUGGUGCGAAUUUGGAAACAAACUGUCUUCUGUGGGCAAUUUGGAAGAGAUUCACAGAACACACGCUGAAUACCUCAACAAAGCCAUUUUCAGGGGUCUGUUGACUGAGAAGGCUGCCCCAGUGAUGAACAUCAUACACAGCAUCUUCAGCCUCAUCUUGAAGUUCCGCAGCCAGCUGAUCUCUCAGUCGUGGAGCUUUGAUGCUGGGAAGCAAAUGGCUGUUCAUCCUAACUUUGGUUUGAUGCAGCAGUCGUACAAUACUUUCAAGUAUUACUCUCACUUCUUAUUCAAAGUGGUAACAAAGCUUGUAAACAGAGGAUACCAGCCACAUCUGGAGGACUUCCUACUGCGAAUCAACUUUAAUAACUACUACAAGGAUAACUGAGCCUUGCAGCAUAAAAUCACUGACAGCAUGGUAAAGCAGAGACAGAUCAACUCAUAUGCUUGCAACUUAUAGAAGCUUAUGCACAUGCCAUGCGAGAGGCAUCUUUGUCAAUUAACUAACCCACCCUCUGAUAGCUUGAAGAAUAUAACCACCACGUAGGUUUUAAGAUGCAUCACUCUCUAUAUCAGCUUCCUGUUGUUUCACCUACUGAGACUCAAUGUUGUUGCUAUCACAAAGGUAGUGGAGCCCCAUCUUAACAGGGGAGAGAGUGCAAACCUGUAUAUCUGUGAAUGUGUAAAUGUUGUAUUUUCAGUGUUGUGAAUUCCCUCCCAUGUAAAUACCUACAUGUGAAAUAAAUUAAAAGAUACUUUGUAAAGUUGUUGA